AUGGGCCAAACAGCUUCCCAACCCAUGCCGGACAAAUCGCUGAAAGUUAUUGGCGCUGGUCUCUCGCGGACCGGUACAACAUCUUUCGGCGCAGCUUGCUCAUACCUUCUCGACGGCCCCUGCUAUCAUGGAGGUACGCAAAUGUUGAACUCUCCUGAAUCGCAUAUCAAGCGAUGGAUUGAAAUCUGCAGGCUUGCACCACCCAAGGAUGAGGCCGGCCGCAAGGCCCUGAACGCCGGCGUCAAGGAAAUGCUGGAUGGCUAUGUCGCAUGCACCGAUCUCCCUUCCAAUGCCUUUGUCGAAGAGUUGAUGGAGGUCUACCCAGAUGCCAAAGUAAUCUGCUCCGUUCGAGACCCCGAUAAGUGGUGGAACAGCUUGGCACCGAUUGUUGAGAAAGGCAACCUUACAGUUCUAUCUUGGAUCCUGGCCCCUCUUCCAACACUGAGAAUGUUCCGAACGUAUCACGAUGCCCUGGAUGACGGCCGCGUUGGGGAGUUGUACUUCCGAGAGGGUGAACCACGACGACCUACCAAGGCCAUGUACGAGCGACAUAUCGAACAUCUCAAGAAGAUCGUUCCGAAGGAGAAGCUGUUCUUCUAUGACGUUCGUGAUGGUUGGGAGCCGCUGUGUGCCAUUCUCGGAGUUCCAGUACCCAAGGAUGUGCCCUUCCCAAAGCUCAACGACGCUCAAGCGAUGGAAGCCUUCAUGAAGAAGAGUGUGCAACGAGGCCUGAUGGCAUGGGCUGGAAUUGCCCUCACGAUUGGUGCUGCUGGAUUUUCAGCUGCGAGGUAUGCGAAAUUGUUUUAA